CGACUGCUCACGUCGCCUCUACCGGAAUCUAACCUCUCGCUCUUUAUACGCCCAAUAUGCCUCUGAAUACAUUACCAAGUAGAGGUCCUACAGGUGUCGAUCGCUAUCUGCACAGCCGUGAACCCGGGGCCAUUCGACCGGAGAGCCGUUCUCUAACACCACAACCUCGACGAGAGAGGUCAAAGCAACGUGCGAACGGCGCCGCAACACGCGGAGCGCGGCCUAACAGUAGCAAUGGCCAUGCCUCACAUACACCCAAGUUUAACAGGCAAGAUUUCGCACAGAGUAUGAAACUCCCCGUGCCCGAUACCCUCGCCAAAGCCAAAGCACGUCCGACACACUCGCUCCAUCAAGAUCUUUCUACGACGAAGCCAGUACCGAUCGUUUCGCAGUUCCAAUUGCCAGCUGAGUCGAAACUAAAUGCCUUUGAUGACACACAAAGCAUUCACUUUGACGACUCAACGAGCUUUGCGGACGGCCCCGAAAAUCAACGGAAUGCAACCUUUGGUGGUUUCAAUAAUCCCCAAGACGAACAGCCCUCGUCCAAUCCUUUCGGGCGGGAAAAGCAACACUUCAAAGCCCAAAGAUUUACACAACCACAAGGGCCCAACUGGCAAAAGCAGAUUGAUGGUAGAAUACGGCCCGGAGAGCUUCCAAAGUAUGGAAACACACACGACCGCGGGCCACAACCCAGUGUCCCACCGAGUGAAGAGGCAUACGACGAUGGUUACGAGCCAGACGGGGAAUAUGCCGACAACGACCCCAACACUUGGGACACGCCCUCGCGGGCACGGAUGCCGCCCCCUGAAAACGAGCCCACCAAAUCGAAACCUCAACCACCAGACAUGGAGGAGCGGUCUCGGAGCCCCCACUUACACCAUCACCGCGACCAACAACAGCAACACAAGAGUCGUUUUCAGGUUCACAAGCAAACCGUCGUGGACAACAACGCACCAGAAGGGUCAGCUACGAUCGAUCAACACCCCCCCCCUCACGCGGCGGCACAGGCGCGUCAAGAUAUUCAACCGGCAGCACCACCAUUCUCCUCGAAAAUAUCCUCCUACCAUGAAUCGUCCUCGGAGGAGGAGGAGGAAGAGAUGGCGCGGCCGACCGUGCGGGCCCCCUCUUCGCCUUUGCCUCCAUCAACAACGACAAACAACAAGCGUCCACGGACAGAGGAAGCUCUGGAUUUUAGUCCCGCCGACAUCACGGCUAAAACGAUGGCGGACGUGGACGCCGUACCUUUUACGACCGACCCGUCCUGCCCGCCGCCCGUCGAGCCUGCUCUCGACUCUCAUGGGACUCCGAUGAGUCUCGCCGCCAGAUUGACGAAUCUCACAAAGAUGCGCCACGAGGACCAGAGACAUUUGUUCAGGUCCCUGACGGACGCCGAGCGAGAGCAGACGGCCGCCUGGUUCCUCGAGAGGUUUCGGGUCGACGUCCAGAGGUUGAUGGACGUGCGGUUCGAGAGGAGGAGGACGGCGCUGAAGUACGAGCUGGAGGUCAAGAAGCGGGACGCCCGGGUCGAGGCCAAGCAACAGGACGUGGACGAGGAGCUGGCUGGUCUCAGAAAGGGUGGAGGCGCACUCAUCGCCGGGAAGGGUGCCGCCGCCGCCGCCGCCGUGGGAAGGACGGGCUGAGGGACUGAUGAAGUGACUGGACCUCAUCGUCGGCGUCGUUGUAUCUGGAGUCUAGGGCACGGCAGUGGAACCGGGGAUGUGGGGAGAGCUUGUUAUACGAAUGUCAUGACGAUCACGAAGUCGAGACGAGACGAGUACGUUGUUAGCAUGCUCUAUUUGCAGACGAUGAACAGAUGAUGAAAUUCACGAAUCGCCAGACAUGAAAACUCGAGUCAAUAAGAUGUGGAAAUGGAAAUGGAAAUGGAACUCUACAGAGCAACUGAUCACUCAGACACGGCGACGGCAACAUGCGCCGUGUGCUUUUAUUUGGUACAUCUAAUAAACAAACCAUGUCCUUCA